UUUGAGUCUGUGACCGGUACUUAUCAAUGGUGAAAACGACUAAGAGGGUGACAUCAUCGCCAUCUUCUUCUUCCUCGUCGUGUUCGUCAUCAUCAUCACCAUCAAUGUUCAAGAACAAGAAGAAGUACAAGGGAGUGAGAAUGAGAAGCUGGGGAUCAUGGGUUUCAGAGAUCAGAGCACCGAAUCAGAAGGCGAGGAUCUGGUUAGGUUCAUACUCCACCCCCGAGGCCGCAGCCAGAGCCUACGACGCAGCACUCCUCUGCCUCAAGGGCUCCUCAGCUGCUAAUCUCAACUUCCCAGAGAUCUCGUCCUCUCUCUUCGUUCCAUCACCCAACCAUGAGAACAUCGUCAUGUCGCCUAAGUCCAUACAGAGAACAGCUUCUGCAGCUGCAAACAUGGCUUUCUCCUCAUCUCCCAUGGCUCCUUCUUCUCCCUUUGAUGAUCAUCGGUACGAUGUUGUCUCAAUGACAAAGUCCUCUCUGGACGCAUACAAUGAACAAGUCCCGCUGGUGGAAUCUUCCUGGUACAACUGCUUCAAUGGAAUAGAAUCUCCAAAGUAUCAGUUCAUGCUCAACGGAGAUCAUUCGCCUUUUCUGACACCGACCAUCGACGAUUUUCUCGAAGAAGGAGACAUCAGAAUGUGGAGUUUCUGCUGAAUUUUGUUUGAUUCGAUGUUCACAUGAUGAAGCUUAUGCUUCUUUCCUUUGUUUCUUAUUUUUUUCCCGAUGGUGUUAUGUAUACAGAUCUCAGUCUAUAUACACUGUAUCAUAUAUACACUACUUAUUGAUUUUCACAUUCAGAAUAAG